ACUCAAGACGAAAGUUUAAAUGGAUAAGAAAAAAUUUAGCAAGCGUAAUAUGGAAUGGUUUUCAAAGGCGAAGAUUUUCAUUUAUUGCUGUGUAGCGGCUGUUUUAUCGUUGACUUCAUAUCUAGCAGCAUUUUCGAUUGAAAUAUCAUGGCUUCUAGAGGCAAAAGGAGACUUACCGACAGCUUCGUAUCUUUUAUGUGCAAUAUACUUUGUGCUGUUCAUAGCUUCCACGAUUCUAAUUCAUGGCUUAGCAACACGCCUUCCAUGGGGUCUCCUUAGCUGGUCAACGCUCAUCAUCCUCAUUUCCAUCCCCGAAUUUUAUCUCGUUGUCUACAUGAUUACGCAACAUUGGGGUCUCCAAUCCGUUCAUGGCCUCACCGAGUUAAUUAGUUACCUGAUUCGUCUUGCAAUCAAUUGUCUGGCUCUCGUUUGCGUGAUUCCCACGGCGCUCCAUUGGCGAUCUGAGAAACGCGUCCAAAAGCAACUCGAGAAUCUCGCAAAUCGUCUUCAGUUGACGACACCUUUGCCCGAUGCGAAUAUCUCGGCACCGAUGCCGGGUCAUGUAAUUCAAGAGAAAUCUGGCUCGCUGAGGAGUACAAGUAGUAGACGAAGUCGCAAUGGAUCGAUUCGGAAUUUGAAUGGUUGCAAUAAUUUGGGCUUCGAAUCGCAAGGGGAGAUUUUGUCUCCGGGAUCGACGCCAGAUGCUACGUUAACUUCAUCGUCUGAGAAUGAAUUUAACGCCAGCAUCUUUGGGUUGAAUCCUUCCAUGUAUAUUGGACCUCCGGGGGGACAACCACAACAAACACCUUUAUCUAAGAAAACGCAAUCCCUCUUGGACUUACGUUACCUCUUAACGCCAAAAGCUUUCAUGUCACGCACCAAAGACGACCAAGAGCAAUUCAUCCUUAACAACAAUGAUCCCAAUCACAACACGAUAUCACCCACAUCGACGUUAAACAGUCGCAAAAUGGGCAAAAAUAACAAAAAAGUCACCAACACAGACCAAGAACCUUUUUACCACACAAUUAUCGACACGAAAAAAUCCAAAGACCCAACAAAAGAAAAGAGCUUGGCUCGAAAUUGUGUCUCUUUGGAAAAUCUCAAUGCUCCGGCAGCGUUCUAUCGCAACGACUUGAACUUGUACGGACAUAAUUUGCUGCAAAACUACGGAAUGCCAUGGCAUUAUCAGCAAUUUAUGUAUCCGCCUCCGCAUUAUUUCCAUUACUUUUCACCUUUUGCUGCGGCACCGCCUCACGUGCAUCAACACCCGAAUCCGUACUUUAAUCCUUACAUUAGCAGUAAUAGCAGGCAGAGUAUUGGCACGAGUUCGACAGAUGAUUUUAGGAAGUACAGAGAUGUUGCCUUGUGAGAAAAGAGGUGCUUAGAACUUUAUGAAAUUUAACAAAAAAAAUCUAGUCUUCUAUGAAAAAUUUAACAAAAAAGAAACAAAUGAACGAGAUAUAUUUAUUACUUUUAAGG